CAUCACUCGUCCCUUGAUCCUUGAUCUGUUAUCCGUUAUCCAUACAACCUCUCUCUCUUUUUCUCUGUGUGUCUCUCUCGACGCUUUGACUGCUGCACCCUCCAAUUCUCUACAAUAUUGAACACCAUCUCGACUUCUUCUACUCUACAAGACAGAUCAAAUUAUCCAACCAUGGCGCCCGUGGCCAAGGAAUUCGAGCGAAUCAUCAAUACCGCCCGCGAGCGCAAGAAGAAUGAAGCCCUCGCCGAUAAAAUCUUCUCCAAGGGCCGCCGCCAGAGUGCGCCGACCAACUUGAAGGGUGCGCAGCCCGGAGGAUCGCUGGCCAGCCGUGUCGGCGUCAAAAAGACCCAACCUCAGAACAAAGCCACAGUCUCUGCUCAGCGCCGUCGAGCAACCAUCCCUGCCGGCGACGUGAACGGCGAGUGGACUCACGACCUCCACAGCUCCGUCAACCGCCCCAACACCUCCUCCAACGCUCCCCUCAGCUCCCGAAUAACCCUCCCCGGCGGCCCCAAGAAGACAGCCGCUCAGAAAAAGGCCGCCAGGCUGGCCGCCGCCGUCGACCGCAUGGACACGGACGAUUCCGUCAGGCAGCAGGUCAACAUUGUCAAGAAUGGCAAGUCGCAGAGACCAGACGCCGGCAUGACGAUCCGGGGGCUUGCGGGCCCGUUUGCCGUCAUGGGGCAGAACUUUGCGCCGGGCACGACGGCCGCGGAUGUCGAGAGUGCCAUGACGCCGGUGGGUGGCGAGAUGGUCAGCUGCGAAGUCGUCAAGACGCAGCCCUUUAUGAUUGUCGAGAUGGUGUUUGCGUCGAGGGAGGGCGGAGAGAGGGUCAUUGAGACGUUCAACAACAAGACUGCCGACGGCAGAAUCCUCAAAGUCUACGCCAAGCCCGGCGGCUACAAACCAAGCCGCGACUCAGCAUCAGGACGUCAGUCGUCGUCACACCGCGACCAGGUCGUCGACGGCUCCAUGGGCUUCCCCGACAACGACCUCAUGGACACGGAGAACGUGCCCCCCUCGACCAGGGGCAACAGACUGCACUACGACGGCGGCAAGAACAACUCCGCCAACAAGCGCGGUCGUGGGUUCCAGAAGGGCUCUAACAACAACGGACGAUAGAGUCGUUCAUCGUCGAGGGAGUACCGGGGGAGGAGAUCUGUACCAUAUUGAAAAUCCCAGUUUUUUUUUUACAAAGCCCGAAAUCUCUCCUCCCCGGUGGCGUGGAGGCUUUUUUUUAUUACUUCUUUGUAUGUUUUAGGAUACAACGGCUCUGGGAUAGGGGAUAAUUGGUGAAAUAAUUGAGCGUUUCUUUUUUCUUUUCAGAGCAACUGCCGUGGUCAUUGGUAGCGUCAGUGAGGUGCAUUGCUUGCGAAUCUAGGGAGGGCGGCAUGAAUGAAUGAAACCCAACAAAAAGCAGAAAUCACGAGGCUAAAUAUAUAGAAAUACAAUCAAUGCAUAUCAUGUUUUUUGGGUCA